GUUACAGAAAAAGAAGUGCGCCAAUGGUACAAAGGCUUCCUUAAAGACUGCCCGAAUGGCUUGUUGACAGAACAAGGGUUCCUGAGAAUAUACAAGCAGUUCUUUCCUCGAGGGGAUCCAUCCAAAUUCGCGUCGCUGGUUUUCAGGGUGUUCGACGAAAAUAAGGACGGCUCCAUUGAAUUUGAAGAGUUCAUCCGGGCACUUUCAGUGACGUCCAGAGGCAACGUUGAAGAGAAAUUACUCUGGGCGUUUAAACUCUACGACGUCGACAACGACGGUUUCAUCACGCGAGAAGAGAUGUACAACAUCGUAGAUGCUAUAUACGAAAUGCUGGGUAGCCAAGAAAAAGAAGACGAGGAGGAUGACCCGCGGGCCAGGGUUGAUCGAAUCUUCGAGCAACUGGACAAGAACCAAGACAACAAGCUGUCCUUAGACGAGUUCAAAGAAGGCUCAAAACACGACCCGAAGAUAGUCCAAGCUUUGUCCCUGUACGCGCCCUAACCAAGAUGAAGGCACUCGCCUCCCUUCCCUGCACUCUACAAGACACCCUUCUUCGCCUCUACAAGCCACGUCUAAAACAGACAACAGCAGCAACAGUAGUUGCAGCAGCUCAAGCCUGAAUCCAAGCCGGCAGCCAAAGACAAGUCACUUUCAAGUCAAGACUGGGGAUGUCACGAAUUCGUCGAGGUUCGAGUUCGACCAGGUUCAACUUUUUCGAGCUUUUAGCUCGAGUUUCGACUAAAGUUUGACUAAAGUUCGACUUUCGUGCGUAUGGGCGACCAUUGAAAGAAGGGCUCACGCCACCUGGCCUAGGAUAAUCACAUUUAUUGGGUCUGUCGUUUCUUGGUUUCGUAUCAAUAGAU